AUGGACGCUCACGAACAGCAACCUCCGGUCUCCGAACCUCUACGGUCGACGACCCCGAUCCCUAUCGCGAAGCUCGCCCCGGAGCUCGAGAAUCUUUCGGACAGCUCUAUCCACGCCGUGGUGACCUUGCUAUGGCCCUAUUCAUCAUCAACUCGUUCUCUCAGCCUCCUGCUGGCGGAGCCGGACUUUCGCCUUCGACGCACGAAUGGACAGGUCAAGGUGGUCUUCCAUGGGCUGGUCGCGGAAGAAGUAGCCAAGUCGCACGUCGGAAUUGGCGAUACUGUCUAUAUUAGGCUGGCGGGAUCGAGAUUUGUGGACAAUGGGGUGUCUAAUCAGACGCCAGGAAGAUGCAUCGCGUGGGACAUUAACUAUGAUGAUGGCGUUUCCAUUGAGAUCUGGCGUUCUUCUCAACAUCUCUCCACUGUGCAAGUAGACCGCCCAUCAUCUCCGCCGCCCACUAUCGACAAUGCGAUUGAAGAGGCACCAUCCACCCCUCCUGCCAACGGAUACCCUCGCCCAGAUGGGACGAGUCACAACGCUAGUCUACAGGCAUGGCAGUCACCGGCUUUUGUCGAGCGAUCGCGCACAUCGCUGGGCCACCUUUCGAGCUCCAUAUUCGACCCAUUCGCAGAAGAAGAUGGCUUCGUGCCGGGGAAAGGAAGGAAGCGACCAAGGUUUAGCAUGCGCGGCAGUGAUUGGCGUCUCGUCGAUGAACCUGCGAGCCCCGAAGACAUCGACAUUCCGGGAGAUUGGACGGCUAUGUUUGACGACGAGGAAUGGCUGAAAGCUGAGAUUGGCGAGGAUGAUGCGGAGGAUACCAAACAGUCCCCAGAGCCAUCUGAAACUCGCGACGUUGAACCAGUAUCGGAGGGGCCGCCCGAUGGCGCGCAAGCUGAAGGUACCGCCACUGAGUCCGAGCAAGUGACACCUGAGUCCACUACAGAGAAGAAGUUGAACGAAUCAAGAUCCGAUGCGGAAUUUCUUGUGCCUGGCAUUGUAUCGAGGACCGAGGCUCCAAGCCCGCGAAGGCACGGCAUACCCAACUUCGCUGGUCAUCUGCCAAUAGAUACUCCGCGCCUUCACCCUAUCCCCUCUCCCGGCCUGCCUGUUCCUUCACCCUUGGUUAGCACUUCAAACAGCCCUUUUGGGUAUUUCGGAGCCGUGUCAACUACCGGCCAAACUCAGUCUACUCCACCAACAACUGUCAGCCAAAAUGCCGCCGAUUUGGCGCUUGAGGCUAUAUCGGAGAUGCCACCAGAGACUAUUAUCAGGAACUCUGAUGAGCAUGUGACAACAAUGGUCAACGAGGAAGCUACUACUUUGUCCGAACCAGUUUCACAGAUGCGCGAAGUGGGCUCUGAGUCGGAAGUUGACCAUGCUGUUUCCUUACACGGAAUGGUCAACGCAGGGGCUCAAGGUUUAGAGGCUAUGCAUGCUCAAGAUACUACGUCGUCUUUGUCUGUUCUUCAAACAGCCACUCCGCAUACUGCCUUUACUUUCGGUAUUGAAGGUGGAGAUACUGAAGGAGCAAUGCCACACGAAGAAGAACGGGCCAAGGUGGAAGAGGACGAGGAACGGCUCGAAGCACUUGGGCAAUUUGAAGCACGGGCGGAUUCCAGUAUGGCUGUGGAGGAGAAAGGAAUUUACCACAGUGUGGUGGAAAGGGCACAGCACGACCUAGAAGGCGAAGACCACGAAUACGAGAGCGCUAGUCAAAGCUCAAUCAUCGAGGACGCUCGCUCAGAGGCCUUGAGCGAAGAAUACGUUUCGGAAGAAGACGAGCAGCCCGACGCCAGAGCAAGACAUGACAUCGAAAUUAUUUCCGAAAGUGAAGCAGAAUCACCGGAGAAAUCUCAUGAUACCGUCAGGAGAGAAUAUGGAUAUCACCCCGAAGAUGACGAGGAAGAAGAACUCGAUGAGGAGGAGGACAUUUCUGAUGAGGAGCCUGAAUCUGAAGAGUUGGAGGAUGAUUAUGAUGAGGACGGAUAUGACGAUCGUGUUGAUUCUGAACUUGAGUCACAGGAAGAUGAACUGGAGGCUGAAUCGCCUCAUCCCAUCAAGAAGGCCGAACCAGAGGUUAUUGUGCUCGAUAGCGAUAGCGACGAGGAGCCUUCGCCGAGCGUACCAAGGCAGCCCGCUGCAGCACCGGCAGCCACAUAUACUCGGGAACCCGACGUAUCCCCAUCUGCGGAUGAAGCAUCCAGCUAUGGGACAUCGGAGCCUGGCGAAUACGAAGAAUAUGAGAGUGAGGAGGUUGAUGACGCGGAGGGGGAGGACUAUAGUGAUGAAGACGUCGAAGAGGGUGGCGAAUGGUUUGUGCGAGACAACCAAGAAGCCCAAGAGCGAGAGGUGGAGCCGGUAGAGGUCGACUUGAUUCGCCAGGGCCGCGAAAUCGAGGGGAGUGAAGGAUUACAUUCCGACGAAGUGCAGGUGGCUCAUAAACCAACAAUGGAGCCGCACAGUGAUGACGAGGCCAUCGGCGUAGAGCAGGUACAUUACGGACACGAGAGCGAAGGAGAUGUGGAUAUGGAUGACGGGCAGCGGGACACUGAAGAUGCUGAUGUCAAGGCCAUGGAAGCCGAAUCGGUCCAGGAUGAAGAGAUGCACGACCUACAAACCGAUGAUGAUCAGAAUAACGAUGAACAAUCCCGUGACGAAACAGUCGGUGACGAGAAGGCUCACUACGUGGAUCCUCAUAGAGAAGACGUAGAACAGGAACGUCUUGAGGAGCCAGCUGGUGCUAAAGAACCAGAGGUGGUGCACAUAGAAGAUGAGGCAACAGAAGAACCAGUUCAUCUUGCAGAAGGUCAUGAAGAAUCCACAGAGGGUGCUGUCCUUAGGGCUCCAUCCGAUGGCGCCGAGCAAAGCAUCGAUAUCGACGGACACCCUGGUUACCACGCCGAACAUGAGGAAUUAGGGAUAACAGAAGUCAUAUCACACGAGGCACAUCCCGGGGAGAUCGCAUAUGCUCAAGACACCAUCCAUAUCGCUCAACAAGAUGGGGCCGGUACUGAAACCGUUCUACAGUAUCCCGAACCCCCGAUCGAUCCCGAGCUUUUCGACGCGGGCACUUUUCCGACAGAAAUUAGUAGUGAACAACAGGAGGCACAUACCUCCCACGAGCAGAUACAGGAUGGUGAGGAUGCAGGCGUGCCAGAACAAGCCCAGCACAUUGACCCUAGCCUGUCGCUAGAUGGUGCUUCUCAAAGCUUGGGCCUUCCUGACUCGGCUGCCCAUGUUCCCAAGAUGCCAAUUCUCCCACAGAACCAGCUGGUGACUCCAGAGUCAUCUCAAAUUAAUGGAGUGGACAUUCCUUCUGUCCCUGUCUUACCGGUGGAUGCAGCCCUGCCAACCCCUGAGCCUACCCAGGAAAGGUCAGAUUUCCAGGUGGAAGACGAACCACAGCCCACCGUUGAGGUAGUUACAGAAACGACAGCGACGGUGGUGACAGAAACCCUCCCGCAAGACGAAGACGCCCAGUCUGAAGCUGAAUCGAUCUCUACCGCACCCGAAGAACGGGCAAUUUCGGAUGACGACAAGGGAGCCCACACAACUCAUAGCGAAGACGAAGUCCUACUCGUCGGCCAUGACCGCAAACACCUUCUCAACCUCAACCGCAACUACCCGGGCCUGCGCAGCAAAUACUCCUACUUCGCGCCCCUCGCCACCCUCAUCGACCACUACAACGCACUGACAGACACCAUCUCAAUCGUAUCCGAAACUCGACCCGCGAUCCGCUCAACUACGGGCAGAAAGGACUACAUCCUGACCUUCGGUGUGACCGACCCAUCCCUCGCCGGCACAAUCCUGUACGCCCAGAUCUUCCGACCCUACAAAACCGCCCUGCCAACCCUAGAAGAAGGCGACGCCAUCCUCCUCCGCAACUUUAAGGUCAAGAGCUUCAAACACUCCAUCACCUUGUCCAGCGUCGACAGCAGCGCCUGGGCCGUCUUCAACGGCCCCAACGAAGCCCAAAUCGACGGCCCACCCGUUGAGUACGGCGCGGAGGAGCAAACCUACGCCACGGACUUGCGCCAAUGGUAUCACGAAGACGGCAUGGCCAUGGUAGCCGAUUACCAAUUACAGGCCUCGAUUGAGCAGGAAAGUCGCGAGGCCACCCCCUACAGUACCGGCGGAUUCAGCGAUUCGGGCAGCGUGAACAACGUUGAUGGACGCGCGGACUCCUCGUUCUCGUCGAGUCGGGGCUCCGGCUCCGGCUCCCGGAGGCGGAAAUCCCAUCGUCGGAUUACCAUCCAUGAGUUGCGCGAUGGAAGGAGAUAUGCCGAGGUUGGGUCGCCGAGCAGUAAGGAAGAUAUACAUGAGUUGAGGGAUGGGACGGUGUAUGCGAACUUCUGA